AUGCACAUCUUCUAUCUGUUUCUUAGUGUUGGCUUUGGGUUCUCCUGUCUGCUAUUCGGCGUUGCCCUGCUCGUGCGGCUCAAGACGAUCGAGGCUGCGCAGCGCCGCCUCGAGCCACACGAGAUGCGACUGCGAGAUCCGACAGAUGUCGCUGCGCAGAAGGCGGCACGGCGCCCGCUGCGGGUGGUGAUCCUGCACCCCGAUCUUGGCAUUGGCGGGGCGGAGCGGCUUAUCAUAGACGCGGCGGUUGGGUUGCAGAAGCACCAACAGGUGACACCCUUGAGUACGACAAUUGUGACGAAUCACCACGACCCGAGGCGUGCCUUCCCAGAGACUGUGGACGGCACCGUGACGGUGCACGUGUGCGGUGCGUGGCUGCCGGCUUCUUUCUUUGGGCGUGCCAAAGUAUUCUGUGCCACGCUGCGGAUGAUGUGGGCUGCCUUCGUCGCAGCCUCCUCAUACCCAGAUACAGACUGUUUCAUGGUGGAUCAGGUGGCCGCCGUUCUCCCGGUUCUCUGUUGCUUUGCACCGCAAGUUCCGCGCCUCUUUUACUGUCAUUUCCCUGAUCAGUGCUGUGAUUCUAAUCGAGACAUCGAUGGCUGCUUUGUAAAACCGCCGUCGAAACUGCACAUAUGGUACAGACGCUUCUUUGAUGCAGUAGAGGCGCGUGCGAUGGGCUACGCGGACAGCAUAGUGUCAAACUCUAAGUUCAGUAGGGAUAUGGCGGUGAAAACGUUUCCGCAGCUGCGGUCUGUAAUUGAUCCCGAGAUGGACAUCUUUUAUCCUCCUGUCUCGUGGCCAGCAGAGUCGGCACCUGAAUCAGGUACGGAAGAGACCGAGGUACUUCUGAAACGUAUCAAAGGCCACACUGUGGUGCUUAGCAUUAAUCGAUAUGAAAGGAAGAAAAACCUGGCACUUGCAAUUGAAUCAUUCGCUCGUGUUGUAUCAAAAACCUUGGAUGUAUUAGCGAAGCCGCCACUUCUCAUCAUUGCAGGUGGAUAUGAUCUGCGGCUGGCGGAAAAUGUAGAACAUCUCCAGGAACUCAAGGAGCUAGCGGCAAGUUAUCACCACAUAGCUGAACGGGUUAUAUUUCUACAAAACAUAUCCAAUGCGACGAAGAGUCAGCUUCUCUCUCACUGUUGCUGCCUUGUUUACACCCCAACAAUGGAGCACUUCGGAAUUGUGCCGACGGAGGCUAUGGUGUGCGCCAGGCCGGUUGUUGCGGUGAACCAGGGUGGCCCAUGCGAGAGCGUCGGUGAAGGCGGCAGCCUGUGCGAGCCCACACCGGAGGCGUUUGCAGAGGCGAUAGCAGCGUAUAUGACUGAUGAGAAUUUGGCAAAACGUGUGGGCACCGCCGGCCGGCAGCGUGCAUUGCGGCUGUUCAGUAUC